AUGUUAUGUAAGAUUGAAGCAUCAGGAUGUGGUAUAAGAGCUGUUAUUCAUCAAAUAUUAUUAAAAGCUCGAUCAACAUUAUGGCCACCAAUUUUAUCUAAUGAAUUUAAUUGGUUAUCAUCAUAUAUAUUAUUAACAACAUCAAAUGAAUUACGUACAACUGAUAAUAUUUUAUUUAUGGGUCAUUUAAGAUUUAUUCGUACAUUAUUAACAUAUGAAAAUUGA